ACAGUCAGUAUCUCUCCAGCCUGCCUGUCUGAACGCACUGCUGUCCGCUGUAGUUGCAUGUAGCUGCUGCUGCUGCUGCUGCUGCUGCACUGAGAGCAGGUGACUGGAUUAGAAGAGAGACUCAUUUCAUGCCGAUGAAGCUUUUUGUGAAACAACAGGAUUGUUCUGCCUCAAUUUUGAAAUAAGAAGUUGUAGACGUCGUGAAGGGAGCUGGUUGAAGUGUGGUGUGAGUGAGGACGGCCGCAGUGAAUCAUCUGUAGAGAAAUCCCAGCUCAGGCACAGUAAAGUUGGAGGCAGCCAUGAAGAAAAUAGACGACACAGCUACAGGCAGCUGGACUCCAGACAACAACCGUACCUCCUCCACCGUGAAGAACUCCUGCCACCCCAAUCUGAAGAUGUUCCUGGCAGCCUUGUCCUUUGCCUACUUUGCCAAGGCGUUAUCUGGCAGCUACAUGAAGAGCACAAUUACACAACUAGAGAGGCGAUUUGACAUCCCCAGUUAUCUGAUCGGCAUCAUCGAUGGGAGCUUUGAAAUAGGGAAUUUGUUGGUCAUUGCCUUUGUGAGCUAUUUUGGUGCCAAACUCCACCGACCCAAGAUCAUAGCAAUCGGAUGUAUCUUGAUGUCUUUUGGGACGUUCUUGAUCGCCAUGCCUCAUUUCAUCAUUGGCCGCUAUAAGAUCGAAACAUCAGUUAGGUGGUCAGUGAAUUCAACCAAUAACCUCUCUCCAUGUCCAGCAAGCUCACCUGAGUCCACCAGGGCAGGUGACAGACCCUCUAUACUGCCCUCUAGAGGCUGUGAGCGAGAGUCCAGUGUUUCAAUGUGGAUCUAUGUGUUUCUGGGAAAUGUCCUGCGUGGGAUAGGAGAGACUCCUGUCCAGCCGUUGGGAAUCUCCUAUAUUGAUGAUUACGCUCAGUCAGAGAAUGCUGCCCUCUAUAUUGGAUGUGUCCAAACCAUAUCAAUUAUUGGUCCUGUCUUUGGGUACCUGCUGGGGUCGCUCUGUGCAAAGAUCUACGUUGACGUCGGCUAUGUGGACAUGGAGACGGUGACUAUUACCCCUGGAGACGCCCGCUGGGUGGGGGCGUGGUGGCUGGGCUACCUCAUCGCUGGUACCAUCACCCUCAUGUCUGCCGUCCCUUUCUGGUUCCUUCCUAAAUCACUGCCCAUGCCUCUGGACAAACACGAUAGCAACUGCACUCCAGAGCAAACCAGGUUCAUCAAAGAUUCACCAACCAUGGAGCACAAGUUCAGACCUGAGGAGCCGGUUAAUUUACAACAGAUGGUCAAAGAAUUUGUGCCCACAUUGAAGAGUCUCCUUGGAAAUCCUGUGUACAUCACUUUCUUAUGCGUGACCAUCAUUCAGUUCAACUCUCUCAUCGGGAUGGUCACCUACAAACCCAAAUACAUUGAGCAACACUACGGCCAGUCAGCAUCAAAAGCCAAUUUUCUCAUGGGCAUGAUCAACAUCCCAGCUGUGGCCCUCGGGAUGUUCUCUGGAGGUGUCGUCAUGAAAAAGUACAAGCUGGGUAUCAUGGGAGCAGCUAAAUUUGCCUUUGGGACCUCGCUGCUGGGCUACUUCCUGUCGCUCUUUUUCUUAGCCCUGGGCUGUGAGAACUCCAAGGUGGCCGGCAUCACAGUCUCAUAUAGCGGAGUAGAAGGCUUGUCUUAUCAGGAGCAGUCUCUCUCCUCUGACUGUAACUUGGGUUGCUUGUGCUCAAGAAAGGAGUGGGAUCCAGUGUGUGGAGAGAAUGGGAUCACCUAUGUUUCUCCCUGCUUGGCUGGAUGCACCUCCUCCACCGGCUCUGGUAGAAAUACGGUGUUUGACAAUUGUAGUUGUGUAGCGCUGGCUGACACGCAACAAGGCAACAUGACGGCCACUCUGGGCCAGUGUCCACGUAGUGACAGCUGUGACAUAAUCUUCCCUUACUUCCUGGCUCUGUCUGUCCUCAGCUCCUUCGUCAUCUCUCUUGGGGGAACACCUGGCUUCAUGCUGCUGGUCAGGUGCAUUAAACCUGAGCUGAAAUCUUUUGCUCUUGGGAUCUACACAUUGGCCACUCGCACCCUUGCUGGAAUACCUGCCCCUAUAUACUUUGGAGCCUUAAUUGACACAACGUGCCUCAAAUGGGGAAACAAGAUGUGUGGAGGAAGAGGAGCAUGCAGGAUAUAUAACACCUCAGCUUAUAGGAUAGUGUACCUGGGCCUGACACUGGGCUUAAGGACAGUCUCCUUCUUCCUUUGUAUCUCAGGCUUUGUUCUACUCAAAAGACAUAUUAAGAGGGAGGAGAGAAGCGCUCUGACCAAUGGGAGUGUAGAGUUGGAGUCACUGAGGAAAGAGGAGGACAGCUCCGUACACUGUGAGCAGUUUAUACCGGCCUUGGACUGCAAUCCUGAUAGAGAGACUCGUUUGUGAGCCUCAGCAGCUCAACCUCUUCUCUUCUGACUCAGCUCUAUGGAGCGCCUCAGUCAGAUGUAUAGAGGAACACACACUGUGGACACUUCAUAGCACACAGAGGAUAUAUUUGUACAGGAUUUGUGUAGACGACGAGUCAUUUUAAAAACACAACAAGCUAUUUCUGGAAUGUAGAAAAAAAAAGGUUGUUUUUCAUGAAUGGAAGAUUUUUGGAGAAAAAAUAAUGUAAUUGUGCUGUAUUUUCUAUGUUGUUCUUCAUUUUUAUGAUUAAAAUUGGUAAAGUAAAUUUUGGGAUUCAACAAGGAGCCUGAAUAAGAUGGUUAAGGGGAGACGACCCAGGCAAAAACAUUGUUUUUCAUGCACUGGUCAUUUUUGAGAUUUUGGGCUAUUUUGCUUCUAUAACAUGUCUUCUUUCAGACUAGUGGAAAGAAAACAUUCAAAAUACACAUUCAGGUGUUUAUUUUACUACUUUGUCUAUUUACGUCUGUAGAUUUCUCCUAAAUUCACCGAAGGUUACCAUUAGAUAAUGCCUAAUUUGCAUAUGUAAACAUACACUUUCAGAAAACUUGUAAUACAAAAACUAAUUGUCUUAAUGUGCAAUCACCUGGGGAAGUUUCAUGGUGAUAUCUAUUAGUUAAUUUUAUUACCCUAUUCACUUGUAGUGUCUCCCACAGCAUCAUGUCAGAGAUACGGACAUUAAACAGGUCUGUAGGCUGUUUCUGUGGUGGAAGAGCUGGGAGUGUAUUUCUACACUGAGGCAAAGUAAGUGUUUUCUGUGAACAAAUAAGGUCAGGAAGCAGAAAUACAGUAAGUGACUCCAUGAUUGAUCUCAGCACGACAAUGAGGAACACACUAUCUGGAGUUUAUGUGUUUAUUUUUUAUGCUCAUGCCUUUGUCAUGUACUAACCAAACUGUCAACAAUUUCAAAAUAUCAAGAA